CCAGAUCAUUCGGUUUUUUCAUUCCUAACUUAAUUUGACGGCUCGACAUUUUUUGUUUGUUGUGUCUUUAAUUAAUUAAUUAAUUAAGCGAUAAAGGUGAACUUUUCUUGCUAUCCAAACACACGAAGUGGACAAGUAAACCGCAAUGACCACUUCCAUUGUUGAAGUUAUACAACAUUAUCAGCGUAGCAUUGAUAACAGCCAAGACAAUGAGGCCAGGCUACUUCACUGUAUAAAUAAACUUUACAAAUUACCAAUAAAAGUUGAACAUCUGCAAGAAACGGGUGUUGGAAAGACAGUCAAUUCGCUUCGAAAGUUUAAUGGCGAAAUUGGUGUGGCAGCUAAAAGCUUAGUAACAAAAUGGAAGGCUAUGGUAGCAGCCGAAGAGGAGCCUAUGGACACAACAUCCCAGUCAUAUGAAAAUGAGACGCAACACAACAAUGACAACGAUGAGCCGGAUCCAUCGCCAAACAAUAACAUUAUGAAUGUGGAUGAAGAUGAGAAUAGAAAUCAUCAUAGCAGCAGCAGCAGACAUUCAAAUCAUUCUGAAAAGGAAAGACAUAAAGAUCAAAGUCAUAGUAGCAGCAGUAGUAACAAUACACAACACAAGGAAUCUUCUAAACACUCGUCUUCUUCCAAACACACUAGUGAACAUAAGUCGUCCUCAUCUUCAUCGAGCCGGGAUAAAGAAAGUCAUCACAAAAGUAGCAGUAAAGAUAAAGAAAAACACGAACACAAAUCUAGAGAUAAACACAAGGAUAAACACCAUGAAAAGGAUAGGGAACAUAGUGAGAAACGCAAGGAGGAUAAACAUAAAUCAGACAAAGAAAGCAAAAAUGAAGAAAAAAACAAUCAUAAAUCCUUCUCCAAGGAAAGAGAUAACAGUGAAAGGGAGAAGCCUAAAGAACGAUCUGAAAAACACCAUAAAAGUUCAUCCAGGGAUAAACACAAGGAAAAGGAUAAAAACCAUGAAAAGACUAAAGAGGAGAAACCAUCAUCCUCAUCGAAAGACAAACAUAAUUCACCUCCAAAUGCCACCAAAGAAUCAUCGGAAAACAGAAAACGCCACAAUUCAGAUACAGAGUCAAGUGAUUUUAAAUCACCUUUGCCCAAAAUUGCCAAAACAUCACAACACAAGAGCUCCGGCAAAGUGGUUGAAUCUGUUUCGCCACCUCAAGAUGCCGAAGAUGAUGACGAUGGUUUUGAUUCAACAAUGGGCACUAAUUUUGAUGACAUAUUGGGCAUGUUGGAUAAACCGGUUAAGAAAGGCAAAAAAUCUAAAACGUCGUCAUCAGUUGGCAGCAGUAGCAGCGGUGGCGGUAGUUCCAAAGAAUCUCCUCCCAAACCAUCAACAAGUAAUCCGCGUAAAAAUGGUAUUACCAGCACGCCUGCAUCGUACAGUCCAAUGUCAACACCAACACCUUCAAAACUACCAACAGCGAAGCCAGAUCUUUUGGCUUCCUCCGCCAAGUUGGCGCCGUUGGAUCCAAGCAUAGCCUUGGAAUUGCCGACAAUAUCAACAAAUUACAGACCCAUGCCAUUGAAUCAAACUGUAAUGGAUUGUGUAUUUAAUACCUCGUCGAGUUCUUCGUCUAGAUCAGCACCUGUGCGCACGUUAAGUGAUGCCGAAGCCUUACAGCAUGGAAUUUCCUCAAAGACCAUAAGAACAAAAAUCUAUUCUGGUACAAAAACUGGUCAAAUAUAUCAAGUGCCCACGUUGUUUGACAUGUGUAUAAGAAUUUUACAAAAGAAUAUCGAUGCAUUGGAAUAUACUGGUGGUGUACCAUUCGAAGUCUUGCGACCAGUUUUGGAAAGAGCUACACCACAACAGCUGUUCGUAUUUGAAGAUUAUAAUCCCUAUUUAAUGGAGGAUAGUGAUGUUCUGUGGCAGGUUCAUGUAUCGCGAAAUUAUCGCAAUCAAAAACGUCUUGAAAAUGAAUCGUGGAGGGAAAUGUUUAUGCGUUGCCAAGAAGACGAGGAAAGACGUUUAAGUUUUCUCAAGGAUAGCAUUAAACAAUCACAAAAAAUUGCCGCUGCUCCCGUUCGAAAAACACAAUUGGCGUUUGUAGAUUCAAUGGUGAAGCCACCCAGAAAUAUUCAACGUAAGCAGGAACAAUAUGGUACAAAAUCUAAAAUGGUUGCCACACCAGCUGCCCGUGUAGCUGCACUGCAGAGUGUAACACCAAAUGCCGCCAAGACAGGAGAUCAACGUUUAAAGGUUCCAUCUACGGUUAGAGAUCAUGCUCAAGUUUCACAUUCUUCAGUACGACCCAAAAAGGCCCCACUAAUGCAAAAAACAUUGGCUUUUAUGCGUGGAAGACUUAAACGCUAAGAAAAUAAAUCUUGGCAAGAAAACAUUAAAUUAAUUUAGAUAUAGUUAUUUAAAGAGAAUUACUAAAUUAUUAGAAAACAAAAACAUAAAAGUGAUAGUCCUCUUUUAGUUGGCUCAAACAACAAAAAUACUUUAUUUCUUCAUUGCCUCAUUUAUUUUGAAAAGAAAAACUUUCCUAUUUAGCUUAUAGUUUAAGGGUAUAUUGUUUAUAUUAUUAUCUACUCUUUCAUGUCUACUUUCUUUCCUUUCCCAUCUUUCGUACAGUGGUUUCUAACUGCCUCUCCUAUUUGCAUCCUAUGUUUAAAAACAUAAAUUCAUUAUUUAUUAUUUUGUUUCAUGCAAACAGAAAAUAGUGACCUUAAAGAAUCCCACAACAAUAAUCACAUCACACAUAAAAACAAUAUAAAUACUGCGUACGUAUAAGUAAAAAAUAAAUUGUUUUUUUUUUAUUAUUUUUUUGUGAAUAACAAACCCCCAUCUCAAUUUCUAAAAAAAAAACAUAAUUGCAGCUCGUUUGUCUCAAAGGAAUUUAAAAUUAUUUCAUGUCUUUUUUUACUUAGUUGUAGGUUUUUCUUUCUUUUUCGAAAUUGUAUUAAUGUUCCAUCAAAAUUUGCCAAUUCUUAUUUCUCCCUUCUUAUGUCCAUGUUUUACAAUAGAAAAAAGUUAUGAACAUAUUUUAAAUACAAUAAAAAUAAUAACUAUAAAAGCAAA